AUGGCAGCUCAGAAGGAGGUACCUUGUAACCAGUGCACAGGCACAGCCACAGCACUGCAGAGACUGGAAGGUUUUGCUAAUCGCCUUUUCCAUAGGCAUUCAAAGAGUGGUGCGCAUGAACAGAGACCGGCUCUGGAAAAUGAGAGCCAACAUUGCUCUGAACUUGCUGUCCUAUGGGACAAAUCAAUGAAAGAGUUCCUAGCCAAAGCCAAAGAAGACUUUUUAAGAAAAUGGGAAAGCCCCCCUCAGAAUACUGCUGGCCUAGAUGAUUUUGAGAGGCAAAAAACCCUUGGAACAGGGUCAUUCGGGAGAGUUAUGAUGGUGAAACAUAAAUCCACAGAACAGUAUUACGCUAUGAAGAUACUGGACAAACAGAAGGUCGUCAAACUGAAGCAAAUAGAACACACACUGAAUGAGAAGAGAAUAUUACAAGCAGUGAACUUUCCUUUCCUUGUAAAACUGGAGUAUUCUUUUAAGGACAAUUCUAAUUUAUACAUGGUAAUGGAGUAUGUUCCUGGUGGUGAAAUGUUUUCACAUCUAAGAAGAAUCGGAAGGUUCAGUGAACCACAUGCACGGUUUUAUGCAGCUCAGAUAGUGCUAACAUUUGAGUACCUCCAUUCAUUAGACCUCAUCUACAGAGAUCUAAAGCCUGAAAAUCUUUUAAUUGAUCAGCAAGGAUAUAUCCAGGUCACGGACUUUGGCUUUGCAAAAAGAGUAAAAGGAAGAACUUGGACGUUAUGUGGGACUCCAGAAUACCUGGCACCCGAAAUAAUUCUCAGCAAGGGUUACAACAAGGCAGUGGAUUGGUGGGCAUUAGGGGUGUUAAUCUAUGAAAUGGCAGCUGGAUAUCCCCCGUUCUUUGCAGAUCAGCCCAUUCAAAUUUAUGAGAAGAUUGUGUCUGGCAAGGUAAGGUUUCCAUCACACUUCAGUUCAGACCUAAAGGAUCUUCUAAGAAAUUUACUCCAGGUAGAUUUGACCAAACGAUAUGGAAAUCUCAAGAAUGGUGUAAAUGACAUAAAGAACCACAAGUGGUUUGCAACUACAGAUUGGAUUGCCAUUUAUCAGAGAAAGGUAGAAGCUCCAUUCAUACCAAAGUGCAGAGGCCCUGGAGAUACCAGCAACUUUGAUGACUAUGAAGAAGAAGAUAUUCGUGCGUCUCUAACAGAAAAAUGUGCAAAAGAAUUUGCUGAUUUUUAGUAGGAGUAAGAGGACAAGAUGACAUCAGGGCUCACAUUGGGAUCUUUGCACUCUGUUAACAGAUGAGGUGGAGCUGAGACCAUCAUAUGUCAAAACAGUUACCUAGUUACUUCAUUCCACAAAGCUGACUGAGGUCUUUAUUGCCAUCUUCCAUGUGUGCAGUUUGCACCAACCCUUCUAACUAGGCACAAUUAAGCAAGCACUGUUUGUGCAGUAACACAGAAUAAUAGACCACUUUCCUACUUAACUUUGGUUUCUGUCGUUCUUUGUUUCUGUGUAUUGUUCAUUUUCCCCCUUUAAAAUGAAGUAGUUUUUUACCCAAGAAUGCUCCAUUUUAUUUUGAAUAAUGUAUUAUUUGUGUGAGUGAAAUGGAAGGUGUUGCGGCUAGUGUGAUUUAGACUGAAGUGAAAGAUAAAUGUUGCUUCUAGUCUGUGCCAGCCAAUAAUUCUUGUCUGUCUUGUGUCUGAUGCUACGAUUUAUAAUAAUUUUUUAGUAGCUCAGACUAAACCUAGCCAACAUUUUUAGCGUUUUUGAAGGUAGUAUUUAUCGCCAUAUAAAUGUCUGCUAAAUUAACUUAAAAACAUUUCUUCCUGGAGGCUGACCAAAAUUCAAUAGAAUCAAUUGGAUGGCUUGAGUAGGGGACAGUAGCUAGACCCCGUGCCUUGGUUUUCUACAUCCCUGCAGUUUUCAUCACUGCCUCCUUCCUUUGUAUUUCCCACCUAGGUAUUAGGUAAAUUGCCAUAACUAGACUGUAGCAUGGAAAGCUUACAGUCUCGUGAGAGGGAGUGAUUCCACCUGGUCUGGAUUUUCGACCAUGUUUAACCAAGUCAACUUACCAGCAUUUCAGUUGGCGGAUAUGAAAUGGCUUUUUUAAGAACA